AUGCCGUCGUCGAGCAUUCUCAAGAAACUCCAUUUAACUAGACUGACCCCCCAACCUCAAGGCCAAGGUAACGCCAAUCCUGGAUCAGCAGAGAUCACCGUCGACUCGUUGGACAACAUCAACUCUAUGAGUUACUACAAUCAACCUGCUCAUCCUAUUCAACCCGACCCGUCACACGCCAACGAGGCCUCACAAGGUUUUCCAUCGCUAGUACCCCAGCAGGUGCAAUCGCAGUUUCUGCCACAACAGCAGCAACCACAGGUGAAUAUUCCAUUGUACCAAUCGCAGUAUCCUCAGCAGAUGUCUGAGCCACAGCAACAGGUCGGGCAGCAACAGCAGCAGCAACAGCCUCAACAACAACAGCAAUUCGCUCUGCAACAGGAGGCCGACAACAAUGCCAUCAACUUAUCUCUUUUGCCAAGCAGAUCGACUGUAUCAAAGGGUAAGUAUGCUUUGACUGACUUUGCUAUAAUGAGGACUUUGGGAACAGGCUCCUUUGGCCGUGUUCAUCUUGUCAGAUCGGUGCACAAUGGAAGAUACUACGCUAUCAAGGUCUUGAAGAAGCAUCAAGUUGUUAAGAUGAAACAAGUGGAGCACACCAACGAUGAGAGAAGAAUGUUGAAGUUGGUCGAACAUCCAUUCUUGAUCAGGAUGUGGGGAACAUUCCAAGAUGCAAAGCAUUUAUUCAUGGUUAUGGACUAUAUUGAAGGUGGUGAAUUGUUCUCGCUUUUGAGGAAGUCUCAGCGCUUUCCAAACCCAGUUGCAAAGUUUUAUGCCGCAGAGGUUGUUUUAGCGUUGGAGUACUUACAUUCUCAUGACAUCAUCUAUCGUGACUUGAAACCUGAAAACAUUCUUUUGGACAGGAACGGACAUAUUAAGAUUACCGACUUUGGUUUCGCAAAAGAGGUCUCGACAGUUACUUGGACAUUGUGUGGAACUCCAGACUAUAUUGCGCCUGAAGUCAUCACAACUAAACCAUACAACAAGUCUGUCGAUUGGUGGUCAUUGGGUGUUUUAAUCUUUGAAAUGUUAGCUGGCUACACUCCCUUCUACGAUUCCACCCCCAUGAAGACAUAUGAAAAGAUUCUUUCCGGAAAAAUUCAUUUUCCAAGUUUCUUUAAUCAUGAUGUCGUGGAUUUGCUUUCCAGACUCAUCACGGCCGACUUAUCCUAUAGACUAGGGAACUUGUUGAAUGGUCCUGCUGAUAUUAGAAACCACCCAUGGUUCUCUGAAGUUGUUUGGGAAAAGUUGUUAGCAAAAGAUAUUGAAACACCUUACGAGCCACCAAUUACAGCAGGAACAGGAGACUCUUCGCUCUUUGAUCAUUACCCCGAAGAACAGUUGGACUAUGGUUGUGUUGGAGAAGACAACUAUAAAGAAUUAUUCACAGAUUUCUAA